AUGCCUGUGCAAACCUCUCCUCCGUCCUUCCCGGACUCGUUCCCCUCGUUUAUGUCCGUCUUUGGGGAACUUCCCCCACGAUACAAAGAAGACGAAACCAUCCAUCCUCUCCAAGUCCCGACCCAUGUUCCUGUCAAUACCUACCGACACCUCCUUCCUUCCCCACACCGCGAGAGUGUCUCGUCCAUGACCACGGCCUCAACCGAAUCCUCACCGACCACGACUGUUUCGCCCUUUGAUUCACCCUCGGGAGGUGAUAUCUCUCCGAGCUCCUCGCCGGAAUCUCCCUCGGCGAUGUCGGUGUCGUAUCCGAAAUUCUCGGGAGAGCCUUCUCCCCGGUCUAUCGCGCCGAAUCCUUCGAGCAACCAUCGUCCCGACUCUCCGGGUCGACGGGCGCGUAAUUUGAAGAACCUGUCAUUGCGCAUGCCCCCACCUUCUCAGUCUCGGCCACCGAUCGCGACCGCUUCAGUUGUCGAGACCACCUCCAAACACCACCUGUCUGCCCCGACUUCUCCUAUUCAAAUCCCGCCAAAGAGCACCCGGCGACGUCCCGCCAACCUCACUAUCCAGACUCCCUCCUUUAAUAAGCAAUUUGAUCAAGUGCCUCCCACCCCGUCCCUGCGCCAUGCGGAAUCGUCGCCCUCCUUGGCGUCGAUCUCCUCGCCUUCCUUUGCCCCGAAAGGUGGCAUGCAACUCCCGCGGCCCACGACUCAUCAUGGAGCCCGCCGGUUCUGGAACGAUGACUCCCCCGCCACGUCGAUGCCGGAAGAAAGGACAUGUCGCGUGCUCCAUAAACUGCAGGAAGAAGAUGACCACAUCGACUCGCGAGAGUCGACUCGCAAAAACGACCGUGGCUACCCGGAUGGCCCCAUCCGCAUUUAUGAUUCGGGCGUGUAUCUGUACCUCGAACCCACGGCCGAGGAAGCGUCCAAGUUUGACGUGGUAAUCAAUGUCGCCAAGGAGGUGGCCAAUCCUUUCGCCAAGGAAGAGCGCAACGACACGGUUAUGAGCACCUGGCGCAAUCACGCCAAACGGUUCUCCAACGGGGAUCCCCAGACCGCCAUGUCUGAAGCGUCGUUUAAAUCCGCCUUUGAGUUUCAGCCCGACUCGGAUACUCCUACCCCGCCAACACCCAACUCGGCCCCGGAAUAUCUACACGUGAGCUGGGACCACAACUCGGAGAUUUUGGAAGACCUGUUCCCGCUCUGCGAACUGAUCGACGAUCGGAUUGCCAGCGGCAAAAAAGUUUUGAUUCAUUGUCAGCUCGGGGCCAGUCGCUCGGCCUCGCUCGUGAUUGCAUACGGCCUCUAUAAGAACCAACACCUGGAUUUCAAUUCCAUGUACGAGAUGGUCAAGGAACGCAGUCAAUGGGUUGGUCCAAACAUGUCCCUGAUUUACCAGCUCACCGACUUCCGCGGCCGCCUGAUGCGGGGGUCCAAGUCGAAGCCCGCGCCGCGCGAGUGGUUUGUGUCUGGUGGUCGCCGAAGCUCUGAACCCCAGGUGCCUCGUUUAGAGCCACCGCGCCGGCUCGCACAAGCGCCGUCUAUGGGCUGUUUGCGAUCGAGCACGAAAUCACACUCGCCCAAGCGGAGUUUGUCUCCGCAUCCACUGCCUUUCCGCCAGAAAUUCCAAUCCGUGGAGCCUGCAUCGGGGCGGCCACGAGGAUUACCGCGCAGCGUCAGCAGCUGCGAUCCGCUCGUCCAGACGCAUGUAUUUGUGCGCGACGCACCAGAAACUGGCAGCUCGCUAUUUUCGCCGCGAACCACCGAGUUUUUGGCACCGCCUCCCCCGCGAGGUCUGGAUCGAGCCCCUGAUAUUUUUUCAGUGGCCGAUCCGCGCUCGCCUCCCACGGGGAGCGAGGGAUUGAUCAUGAGAAAUAUUGAUGAAUUCUUGUAA